AUGGGUAAAAGAAAAGCCGCCAAGAAGCCCGUUGCCAAGAAGAAGGCUGAACCUUUAUCGAGUGUCUUCAAAUGUCUCUUUUGUAAUCACGAGAAAGCCGUCACGGUCAAGCUUGACAAGGCGACAAUGUUUGGAAACUUGCAUUGCAAAGUAUGUGGUCAGAAGUACAGUGCGCCUAUCAACAACCUGUCUGCGGCUGUUGACGUUUACUGCGACUGGGUGGAUGCCUGUGAAGAAGUACGAGAGAAGCAGCCCCCCAAACAACGUGCCCCUAGAGGACCCGAUACUCUCACACACGGCCAGGCUGGAGGAGCCAACUUUACUGAGAAACGUGCACCCAAGCGUACCAACGACGACGAUGACGAUGAAGAUGAAGAGCAGGACUACAACUUCAACUAUGAAGAACAGGAGGAGGAAGAGGACAGACGGCAAGAGGAUAGAGGGAAGAGAAGAAGAGUACAGCAGGACACUGACGACGAGGAGGACUAG